AUGACAGAUGAAAAUUCAAAUGAAUUUCAGUCAGGAUCUUCAUCAGAAGAUCAUGAUGAAAAUCAUAGUUCAUUUGUACUGAAUCAAACUAAUGUUCCCAUGGAUGUUGAUAUUGUUGAUGAUGAUUUCAUAAAAUCAGCUUCAACAAACAUCAAUGGACAUAUGUCACCAUCAGUACCUACAAAUGAGAAUGAAAAUGAAAAUGAUGAUAAACACGAUACCGAGGUUAUUUUCCGUCCAGGAAAUCCAGUAUUAAAUAAAUCAUUUGAUAUUUUACCACAAGUGAAAGAUGACGAAACAUCUGCAACUGAUUCAUUAUCAGAUAGUAAUAGUGCUCCAAAUACCAAUUUACUCGAUGCAACCGCUGAAUUACCAAAUCAAAAUGACGAGCAUAGUGAAAAACCUUGUGACGACUUGAAUAUGGUUACACUAGCUGAUGACGGUAAUACAUCUAUGAUUACACAAUCGCCUCUACCAAAUCAAUUUUCUCCUGAAUAUCCUUAUGUAAUAUCCCAACCACAAGAGAAUGUUCAACCUUCAUCACCAAAUCCUAUUGAAAUUGUAACGGCAUUGACAAAAAAUAUGAAAUUGAAUGUUCCGAAGACAUCAGAAGUGCAAGAGCCUUCAAUACUAACAACUUCGACCGAUAAAACAUUCGAUACAAAUACAUUUGUUCUGAAAAAGAAAGAACGACGAAAACUACCAACAAUGAACAAUGAAAAUAGUUUCAAUGCAACCACCGAAGAGACUCCGCCAGACAUCUGUAGUAAACAAUCUCCGUUGAAUACUCCAACCAUAUCAUUGGAUACUGCCGUACUUUCUCGAACAGCUGCAGCAACGUCAUCAUUACCACAACAACCGUCAAUAGAUCCUACACGAGUCAUGUAA